GAGUCGAGCCGAGCCGAGCGCAUCGCAGGGAGGACCCGAGGGCGGAGCGGAGCGCGGCGGGCCGGGCCGAGAGACCCCAGAAAGGCCCCGCGUCCCUCCCCGGCGCCCCCCCCCCCGCGCCUCCUCCCCCCGGCCGGUGCCGGGGUUGCAGCGAGCGGCGGCGGACGAUCCAGGGAAGCGCUGACCUCUGCGGAGGCGGCGGGGGCUCAGCAUCGGGCCGGGGCCGGGGGGGCGCCGGGGCCGGGGGGCGGCGCUCCGGCCCGGCCCGGCCCCGCCCGAUGUCCAUGAGCGCGAACACCAUGAUCUUCAUGAUUCUGGGGGCGUCGGUCGUGAUGGCCAUCGCGUGCUUGAUGGACAUGAACGCGCUGCUGGACCGAUUCCACAACUACAUCCUCCCGCACCUGCGGGGCGAGGACCGCGUCUGCCACUGCAACUGUGGCCGGCACCAUAUCCACUACGUGAUCCCGUACGACGGGGACCAGUCGGUGGUGGACGCCUCCGAGAACUACUUUGUGACGGACAGUGUGACCAAGCAGGAGAUCGACCUCAUGCUGGGGCUGCUGCUGGGCUUUUGCAUCAGCUGGUUCCUGGUGUGGAUGGACGGCGUCCUGCACUGCGCCGUGCGCGCCUGGAGAGCCGGACGGCGCUACGAUGGCUCGUGGACCUGGCUGCCCAAGCUGUGCAGCCUGCGGGAGCUGGGCCGGCGGCCGCACAGGCCCUUCGAGGAGGCCGCCGGGAACAUGGUACACGUGAAGCAGAAACUCUACCACAAUGGCCACCCCAGCCCGCGGCACCUGUGAGCCGCACGGGGACUUGCCGGGGCCACCGAGCCAACCGGCUGCUGUACAGAUGUAAAAGGGACCUCGUGGAAGCCCGGGCCGGCGGGACUGGACAGCAGCCCUGGGCCCAGGUUGUCCGGGGCUGUGGCCGGCCGGGAGAGUCCAGUGGAAGGUGCUGUCUCUUCUUUUUAUAAAGGGGGUUGGGGUGUGGGCUAGGGUGGGGGUUGGGUUAGGGGAGACCCUGCAGUUGGGGGGCAGGACCCUGGGCCCCUGGCUGGGCAGGACACAAGGGCGGACUCAUCCCCAGCGGUGCUGGGGGGCAGGGAGGGUCCUGGGGGGCAGGCGGGGGCAGGGGCGGCGAGGCGCGCGGCCCGGGCCAGCAUCUGUUUGAAGGCGCUGUUUCCCGUGCGCUGCGUCCACUGUCUGUCUGGCCCCAGCCAGCUUGGGUGGAGGGGAGGGGGGCGAGGGGGGCACCCGCGGGUGCACAGCCACAGGGUGGGGCAGAGGUGGCUGGUCCCAGGCAGCAUUCAGGCCCCUGGCCCCGCAGUGGCGGGCACCUCAUGUGAAGCCCACCCCUCUGUGGUCAGUAAAUUCUCCAGAAAGCGCCA